UAUAUUUAUGAUUUAAUACAUUCCUAUGACUGAUUAAACCGAUGUUAGGAUGUGGAAGGUAUUGCAAAUAUUGCUAAUAUCUCAUGCGGCGUGCACCCUUGCCUACAGGGAUGCUAAAAACACACAUGUGCAACAAAAGACCGGUUUCAUACUGCAUCCAUCUACAGGAAAUACUACACAAGGUGAUUUAAAACGUAUAACAAGCCGUCAAGCGGAAUCUUUGUCUUCUUCUAAUGAGCCUCUGCCAUAUACCAAUGGAUUCGUACCUAAGAUUAAUCCAGCUGACAUUAAAUACCUGGGACACCCACUUGACGGUGAAUUGAAACCAGCAAAUAACUAUGUGCUUAUCGCCAAAACCAACGCACAUGAGUACUCUGCUGGCGGUGUCUACAUCGGUUCUAAGCCUAACAAGGAAUUUGCUGGUAGGGUUAUAGCCACGGGACCUGGGAAGAUGCUCGAAGAAACUGGGGCCAUCAUACCAAUGUCAGUCAAAGUGGGAGAUAUCGUACUAUACGACCCUCCAGUUGAGCAACCUGUGAUCACUUACAAGAAGCAGGAUUGUGUAAUGAUCACUGAAGACCAGAUAUACGCACGUGUUGAAUGCAACGAAGGUGAUGUGAAGCCUCUUUCAGCAGAUGAUAUAAGGCCAUUGUCAGACCGCCUGCUGGUAAAGGUAAUCGACAGCCCAAAGAAGACGCAAAGUGGCCUGGUACUUGCACGAAGUAAUGAACUCGGAGGUACCAUAUUCCGCGCCACUAUUGUCGCUGUGGGACCAGGGUCAUACACAAAGGAUGGCAAACUGCUGCCAGUUGAUAACUUUAAACGUGGCGAUGUUGUGCUUUUCUCAGACUCUGCAGCUGAUGGCGGAGAGUUCAACCUUAACAGGACACAGCACGCAUUUGUUCGCAGAAGCGCAAUCGUUGCGAAGGUGUAACGAACAAUAAAUGUUAUUGAUGGUGGAUUUCGGAAUGGAAAUCAUAGAAAACGUCGUGAUGCCUUAUGCUUUGGCCAUCGCUUCGCCAUACACUACAGGAUUCCACCCACUAACCGAUGCCACUGAUAGUAAUAUAUAAACACAUCAUGUCAAUUUUCUAAUAUUUCAU